UAUAUUCCCUUCUGACUCACCUCCUUCACUAGCCCCAACUCACCUUUUUUCUGUAAGAAUGGGUAAUCGCGACAGUCUCCCCACCUCCGAUGACCGGUCCCAACCAGACUCUAAUUCCGGCGGAAGCCACCGUAAUGGCGCCAACGCUAAACCCGCCGGCCCUUCAUCGUCAAGACACCAAAAAUAUUCAACCCACCACGACCCUUACACCGCCGCCUCCAAAAGCCGCCUCGCUACCCCCAACAUUCCACCCAUCGGCCGCGUUCUCGGCCGUCCGAUGGAGGAAAUCCGGUCUACAUACGUCUUCGGCCGCGAGCUCGGCCGCGGGCAGUUCGGUGUUACCUAUUUGGUGACUCACAAUGAAACUCAGCAGCAGUUCGCUUGUAAAUCAAUCUCCACGCGUAAGCUUAUCAGUCGUGAUGAUAUCGAAGACAUCCGCCGUGAAGUCCAGAUCAUGCAUCAUCUCACUGGCCACAGGAAUAUUGUUGAGCUGAAGGGAGCUUAUGAGGAUCGGCACUCGGUGAAUCUGAUCAUGGAACUCUGUGCUGGAGGGGAAUUGUUUGAUCGGAUUAUAGAGAAAGGUCAUUAUUCAGAAAGGGAGGCCGCUAAUUUGUGUAGGCAAAUCUUGAUGGUGGUGCAUAAUUGUCACUCCAUGGGUGUGAUCCAUAUGGACUUGAAGCCUGAAAAUUUCUUGUUCUUGAAUAAGGACGAGGAUUCUCCAUUGAAGGCUACGGAUUUCGGGCUCUCUGUAUUUUUUAAGCCAGGAGAUGUUUUCAAGAGUCUUGUCGGAAGUGCUUAUUAUGUAGCUCCAGAGGUUUUGCGCCGACGAUAUGGACCUGAAGCCGAUAUUUGGAGUGCCGGGGUGAUUCUUUACACUCUCCUCAGUGGGAUGCCACCAUUCGAUGGAGGUAGUACUUUAACUAGAAUGAAGCAAUUCAAGGCAAUGAACAAAUUCAAGAAAGUUGCUCUGAAGGUAAUUGCAGAAAAUCUCUCUGAAGAAGAAAUUAUAGGUUUGAAGGAGAUGUUCAAAUCCAUGGACACUGAUUACAGUAGAACAAUCACCUUUGAUGAGUUAAAAGCCGGCCUUCAUAAACUUGGUACUAAGCUUUCCAAGUCUGAAGUAUGGCAGCUAAUGGAAGCGGUAUGUUUCCAGGCUGAUGUUGACGGAAAUGGAAUGAUUGAUUACGUCGAGUUCAUAACAGCUACCAUGCACAUGAAUCGAAUAGAAAGGGAAGAACGCUUAUACGCUGCCUUCCAACACUUCGACAAGGACAACAGCGGGUACAUAACAAUGGAAGAGCUUGAACAGGCCCUUCGGAAGUAUAAUAUGAAAGAUGAAAAAACAUUAAGAGAGAUCAUUGCUGAAGUUGACACAGAUAGGGAUGGAAGAAUUAACUACGACGAGUUCGUUGCCAUGAUGAGAAAAGCCAACCCGGAGCUGGUCAGAAACCGACGACGCAAGUAAUCUGAAUGCAACUUGCAUAUCUUCUUUUUGGUGCUUCAAAUUCAUGUCCCGACUAGUUUGUUAAUUUACACUUGCUUUCACUCGGUUUCCCCACCUGAAUCGUCAGCUUGUGCUCGGAAACCAUGUUAGUAGGUAGUCUAUUCCUUCCCCUGCCAUAGAAAUGGACCAAGAUUGCAUCAAACUGCGGCAGAGUAUUUGGCUAAUAUGCACUUUAGCUUAACUAGGAUGUAGUAUAGAUGAAGAGAGGGAAUAUUGUAGAUAA